CGCUCUCCGGCAUCAACUAUAGCUGUGUGUGUGUGUGUGUGUGUGUGUGUGUGUGUGUGUGUGUGUGUGUUCGGUGUGUGUUGUGUGUGUGCGCGUUUGUCUGCCUGUCUCUCUCUUCCUUUAUCCUCUGCAAGUUGGCAGGUCUCCUGCAACCCGGGAUCCUUGGAAGAUGAGCUGCACCAAGAGGCUCAAUAAGGAGCUGAUCGACAUCAAGAACGCCGACAAGGCCUACAUCCGUAACAUGCAGGCCGAUGAGAACGUCUUCUUCUGGCAGGCCCUCAUUUUACCGCAACAGCCACCUUAUGACAAGGGAGCGUUCAGAAUCCACAUCAAUUACCCCUCAGAUUACCCCUUCAAACCUCCCAAAGUCACGUUCAAAACACAGAUCUACCAUCCCAACAUCGAUGAGAAGGGCCAGGUCUGCCUUCCAAUCAUCAGCGCUGAUAACUGGAAGCCGGCAACCAAAACAAUGCAAGUUAUCGAAUCGCUGGUGAACCUGAUCGACAACCCCGAGCCGGAGCACCCCCUGCGCAUUGAGCUGGCAGAGGAAUACAGCAAAGACCGCAAGAAGUUCUUCAAGAACGCGGAGGAACACACGAGGAAGUACAGCGAGAAGCGGCCUGUCGAUUGAAGGGCGACUCUCCACCACCCCACCCCCUCCAACUGCCGGCCCCUGGCCUCUGACACCCACCCCAACCCCCUUGUCGGACCCCUGACCCUUUGAGACCCCUUCCCCUCUCCCAACACCGCCACACCCCACCCCCGCCCCCGCAGGCCCAGCCCCAUCACCCUAUCCGUGACCCGCCGCUGCGUUCAUUGUAGUCCUGUCGCCCUUUCCGAUUUUAAUGCACCACAUUUAUUGUGAAUGUUGUCGUUCCAUUUUUUUAAUUUUUUACUUCGAUGGAGGGGGGGAGGGGGGAGGGGGAGGGUGGCGGGUGUGACCCCUGUGCUGCUCAGCCACCCACCAUUCCCUAUUUCCCUCUCUCCCCUCUCUCCCCCAACUCCCCAAUUCCCCCGACGCC